CGGGCGGGUGCAGAGCUCGGAGGCGGCAGGGGAUCGCGGCCAUGGCCCGGGCCGGCCCCGCCGGCGCGCCCGCCGCCCGCUGGAAAGGCCACAUUGUGCGGCAGCUGCGGCAGCGGGACCGCACGCAGAAGGCGUUCUUCCUGGAGCUGGUGCCCGCCUAUAACCGUCUCCUGGAGAAGGCCGAGCUGCUGGCCACGCUGUCUGAGAAGCUGCAGCCAGAACCAGGCGAUGUCAGCCCCGCCGCCUCCCCGAGCCCCUGGGAGGAGGAGUCAGGGCGUGGCUCGGAGCAGGCGCCAACCCCAGCUGCUCUGAGGGAGAAGUGGCAGCAGGAGGAGGAGGGGCUCCGGCUGGUCUGUGGCGAGAUGGCCUACCAGGUGGUGGAGAAGAGCGCAGCCCUGGGCACCCUGGAGGCGGAGCUGGAGGAGCGGCAGAGCAGGCUGGCGGCCCUGGAGGCCCGCGUGGCGCAGUUGCAGGAGGCGCGGGCGCAGAAGGAAGCGCAGGUGGAAGAUCAGCGCGCACGGAACGCGGCGCAGCGGGCGGCCUACGAGGAGCUGCGCGCGCACGCCGGGCUCCAGGAGGUGGCGCUGCGCAGGCUGCAGGAGGAGGCGCGCGACCUGCUGGAGCGGCUCGUGCAGCGCAAGGCGCGCGCCGCCGCCGAGCGCAACCUGCGCAACGAGCGGCGAGAGCGGGCCAACCAGGCGCGGGUGUCGCAGGAGCUGAAGAAGGCUGCCAAGCGGGCUGUGAGCAUCAGCGAGAGCCCGCCCCCACGAGAUGUGAUCAGGGAGGGGACUGAGACUGUGGCCCUGGCCUCGGGACCCGAGUCCCUGGAGAGUGAGGCUUGUGAGAAGUGGAAGAGGCCCUUCAGGUCUGCCUCAGCCACCUCCCUGACGCUGUCCCGCUGUGUGGAUGUGGUGAAGGGGCUUCUGGAUUUCAAGAAGAGGAGAGGCCACUCGGUUGGCGGAGCGCCCGAGCAGCGGUACCACAGCAUCCCCGUGUGUGUGGCCGCUCGAGUUCCUACCUGGGCUCAGGAUGCGCUGGACGCCCACCUCUCUGAGGUCAACGCUGUGUGUUUUGGCCCCAACAGCAGCCUCCUGGCCACUGGAGGGGCAGACCACCUUAUCCACCUGUGGAAUGUUGUGGGAGGUCGCCUGGAGGCCAACCAGACCCUGGAGGGAGCUGGCAGUAUCACCAGUGUGGACUUCGACCCCUCGGGCUCCCAGGUUUUGGCAGCAACUUACAACCAGGCUGCUCAGCUCUGGAAGGUGGGGGAGGCGCAAUCCAAGGAGACGUUGUCUGGACACAAGGACAAGGUCACAGCUGCCAAGUUCAAGCUGACAAGACACCAGGCAGUGACCGGGAGCCGAGACCGGACGGUGAAGGAAUGGGACCUCGGCCGCGCCUACUGCGCCAGGACCAUCAAUGUCCUUUCCUACUGUAACGACGUGGUGUGCGGAGACCACAUCAUCAUUAGUGGCCACAACGACCAGAAGAUCCGCUUCUGGGACAGCAGGGGGCCCCGCUGCACGCAGAUCAUCCCUGUGCAGGACCGGGUCACCUCCCUGAGCCUCAGCCAUGACCAGCUGCAUCUGCUCAGCUGUUCCCGCGAUGACACACUCAAGGUCAUCGACCUGCGUGCCAGCAAUGUCCGCCAGGUGUUCAGGGCCGAGGGCUUCAAGUGUGGCUCCGACUGGACCAAAGCCGUGUUCAGCCCGGACAGGAGCUACGCGCUGGCAGGCUCCUGGGACGGAGCUCUGUAUAUCUGGGAUGUGGACACUGGGAAACUGGAGAGUCGCCUUCGAGGACCCCACGGUGCUGCUGUUAAUGCCGUGGCCUGGUGCUACUCUGGGAGCCACGUGGUGAGCGUGGACCAGGGCAGGAAGGUGGUGCUCUGGCACUAGGGCACCACUUCCCCUGCCUGGGCCGGAGCUCUGGUGUGAAGCCCAAAGCCGAGAACGCUUCCCUCUGCUCCGGGUCCAGCGGCAGUGCUGGAGGCCUGACGUCAGUGCGGAAGGAGGCCUGGCGGGUCCUGGCCUGUUUGUUUAAAAUCGGGUGGGUUGGGAGGAUUUUUUAAAAACUCUUAAGUCUCCCAAAAGUGGGGGGAAAAAAAAAAAAACAAAAAGCAAAGCACCUAAACUGUG